GGUGGGAUGCGGAGGCGGCUCCCGGGGCUGGGACUUGUGGUUCCCACUCCACGCCAGCCCGGGAGGAGCAAGUCCAUCGCAAGGGCCAAGCACCAGCAUGCUCGGGAGACCUCCGCUCCUCUCUCUGCUCUUGCUGCGGCUUUUGGGCUGGGGGGCUGCCCUGCCCCGCUCGCAGCUCUUCCUCUUUGGGGGAUCCUCAGGGGACCAGGAGCUGCCCGAAGGAGACGACGAGACCUCGGUGCCCGUGCCCUUGCCCAGCCCGCUGCUUUUCUACGAGACCCACUUCAGUCAGCUUUACGUUGGAACCAAUGGGAUCAUUUCAACUCAGGACUUCCCCAGAGAGACCCAGUAUGUGGACGAUGACCUCCCUACAGAUUUCCCUGCCAUUGCUCCAUUUCUCUCAGACAUUGACACCAGCCACGGACGAGGUAAAAUCUAUUACCGGCUGGAUGAUUCCAGAGAAGUCCUGGAGCAGGCGGCUCAGUUUAUCCAAGCUGGAUUUCCCACAGCCACCAACUUUGUCCCGCACCAUACCUUCAUUGUCACCUGGAAGGAUGUAGGAGCCUAUGAAGAGGUCACCCGGAGUUCUGCACCCUCCAAACAGCGUAACACCUUCCAGGCUGUCUUAGUCUACAAUGAAGCAGACGCCUAUGCCCUUUUCCUCUAUCCUGAAGAUGGGCUCCAGUUCUUUGGAACACGUCCCAAGGAGUCUUACAAUGUCCACUUGGAGCUCCCCGCUCGAGUUGGCUUCAGCAGAGGGGAUUACCAACGGAGGGAAGGACCUUACCUCAGCAUCACCAGCAGUGAACAAUCGGUCAAAAACCUCUAUCAGAUCAGCAAUGCAGGGAUCCCAGGUCUAUGGGCCUUCCACAUUGGCAGCACCUCCCCAUUGGAUAACGUGGUCCCAGCUGGAGUGGGUGGGAAGCUUUCUCCCCCUCCAAGAAACCCAGAGAGCAGCUCUGUUUAUCAUAGUGCUUCGGAGUCUGAAUACCCUGACUUAACACUUGAUUAUGCAGAUCCCUUCUAUGAUGGGACUGAAGAUGACUUUGAGUACUUGCCUGUAAGCCCCACAAAGCUGGCUCCUGAAAUGGGAGCCAGCACUGGACCAAAUCUCCACGGUGAAUUAGAAGAUCAUAGCAAGCUAAGGCCUUCUGGUGCUGAAGAGGAAUUUGAUCUGGAAUCUGCACUUCAUUACCCGGCAUCUAGACAUCCUCCAUCUUAUUCUGUCCUGGAUUCUAUCUCCUUAUUCCCAGUAGAGGAAGCACCGUCUGCACCAUCUUCUGAAGAAAGGACUCUGUCCUUAUCUACCGUGUAUGAGAGCCCAAUUGAGGCGGUCACUGCCACCUUGUUGAGACGCCUUGGCAAUGACGGUGCCCUACCGCCUCAAGAAGAUAAGAGAGGCUCCCCUUUAAACCCAGAACCCUUUCCUGUCUACCCAGAGGGUGAAGUUAUCCUUGAAAGCUUCCCAGAUCACGCUCCUCCCUUCAGCCCCAGGAGACAGGUCAUUGGUAUAAAUGAGGACAUUAGUUUCAACCCAGAUGUAUUCACAUACAGCACUGCCAAUGUGGAAACGUGUGAGGAUCACCAUAGCCAGUGUUCCCAAAAUGCAUUCUGCACCGAUUAUAGCACUGGCUUCUGCUGCCACUGUCAGUCCAAGUUCUAUGGGAAUGGCAAGCACUGCUUGCCAGAAGGAGCUGCUCAUCGUCUAAAUGGCAAAGUGAGUGGAAACCUCCUGGUAGGACAAAUACCGGUACGUUUUAGUGAAGUAGACCUACACGCUUACAUUGUUGGCAACGAUGGAAGAGCAUACACGGCUAUCAGCCAUGUGCCUCAGCCAGCUGCCUCGUCCCUGAUGCCAUUGGCACCCAUCGGGGGCCUGUUUGGCUGGCUUUUUGCUCUGGAGAAACCUGGCUACGAAAAUGGCUUCAGUAUCACUGGGGCUAAAUUCACUCAUAAUCUGGAAGCUACGUUCUAUCCAGGAGAAGAAAGAGUUUUCAUCCAGCAAACAGCCGAUGGUCUGGAUGCAGAAAAUUACCUCAGUGUUAGGACUGAAAUUCAAGGGCGAGUGCCUUAUAUUCCUGAGAAUUUUACAGUCCACAUAGCACCUUAUAAGGAGAUAUACCAUUACUUGGAUUCAGUUGUGACAUCCACUUCUUAUCGAGAAUAUUUCCUAAUUUCUGGAAACGUCAACCAAAGCUUCUCCUACCAGCUGCACCAGAAUAUAACCUACCAAAAAUGUCCACAUGCACGCCAUCUCAGGUUUCUUCGAACUACCCAGCAGCUGACGGUGGACAGGAUCUUUGCUUUGUACAAUGAGGAGGAAAGGAUCCUUCGGUAUGCCAUUACCAACCAAAUUGGACCCUUGGGAGAUAGUUCUGGGCCAACUACAGUGAACCCAUGCUAUGAUGGCACUCACAUUUGUGACACAAUGGCACGAUGCCAACCAGGGCUUGGUCUGGAUUACCUUUGUGAGUGCACUGCUGGAUACUGGGGAGAUGGCAAAGAGUGUGUAGAUGUCAAUGAAUGUACUGAGGGCAUCAGCAGAUGCAGCCAAGGUGCUCUGUGCAUCAAUACACCGGGCACCUAUCGAUGUGAAUGUCCCAGAGGAUACCAGUUGGCACCUGACCGGGCUUCCUGCAUAGCUAUUGGUCCACCACCCAAUCCUUGUGAAAAGGGGACUCACAACUGUGAUUCAGCUGACCGGGCACGAUGUGUCUAUCAUGGAGGCGUUUCAUUCAGCUGCCUGUGCCUAACUGGUUAUGCUGGCAAUGGACACAACUGCACAGACGUGGAUGAAUGCCAGGAAGGAAAAUGCCACCAAGCUGCCAUUUGCCACAAUUCACCCGGCUCCUUCUCCUGCAGUUGUCGGGCUGGCUAUGUGGGGGACGGUUUCCAGUGCACUCCAGAAAGUGUGACGGGAUUGACUCGUUGUCAACAUGAGCGACUAUAUUCCAGCCAGAGAGGUUCUCCCAUUCCAGGAGGACCUCAUGUGCCUGAAUGUGAUGAAAAGGGAAACUAUCGGCCACUGCAGUGCCACAGCAGCACUGGGCAGUGUUGGUGUGUUGAUAUUGAUGGCCAGGAGAUUCCUGGGAGCAGAAUCCCUCCAGGUGAUGCCCCACCACGUUGCAGAAUUCCAGAGCCAACUCAGAGGCCACAAACGAUGUGUGAACGCUGGAGACAGAGCCUGCUGGAACAUUAUGGAGGCAGACCACAGGGUGACCAGUAUGUGCCCCAAUGCGACCCUCUGGGCAACUUUAACCCACUACAGUGUCAUGGAAAUAGCGGCUACUGCUGGUGUGUGGAUGAACAUGGCCGGGAAAUUCAAGGCACCCGAUCGGAGCCUGGGGUACCCCCUGCAUGCCUUCCUAGCGUCCCUCCUCCAACCAUCCGCCCGACUCCGCGUCCUGAGAUAAUUCUGCCUGGAUCCGGGACAUUCUUGCUCUAUGCUCAGGGCCAGCAAAUCGGUUCCUUGCCACUGAAUGGAACAAGGUUUAAGAAGGAGGCAGCGAAGACGGUUCUCUCACUGCAUGGUUCCAUCAUGGUAGGCAUUGACUAUGACUGCAGGGAGAAAAUGAUCUACUGGACAGAUGUUGCAGCACGGACUAUUAGCCGGGCAAGUUUGGAGCAGAGUGCAGAUCCAGAGACUGUCAUUAGUUCAGGGCUGAUUAGCCCAGAAGGUCUUGCCAUUGACCAUCUCCGAAGAACCAUGUUUUGGACGGACAGUGGCUUGGACAAAGUGGAGAGUGCCAAGCUGGAUGGCACAGAACGGCGAGUGCUUUUUGCCAGUGACCUUGUGAAUCCCCGUGCCAUUGCAGUGGAUCCCAUCCAUGGGAAUCUUUAUUGGACAGACUGGAAUCGAGAAGCUCCCAAAAUCGAGACAUCAACAGUGACUGGAGAAAACAGACGGAUUUUGGUCAACCAAGACAUUGGGCUGCCAAAUGGGUUGACUUUUGAUCAUUUUUCAAAACUGAUUUGUUGGGCAGAUGCAGGAACCAAGAAACUGGAGUGUAUAUCACCCAAUGGAACAGGAAGGCGGGUCAUUCAGAAUAACCUCAACUAUCCCUUCAGCAUCGUCGGCUAUGUCAAUCACUUCUAUCAUACAGAUUGGAGAAGGGAUGGUGUUAUAGCUGUGAACAAAGAUAAUGGUGCUUUUACGGGCGAGUAUCUUCCAGAUCAGCGGACACAUCUCUAUGGAAUAACUGUAGUUCAUCCAUACUGUCCAGGAGGAAGAAAAUAAGCUAUUAAGUGGAGGGAAGGAAAUAAAUUCCACUACGGCAGCUGGAAGAAGAGUUCCACUUCCUAUCAUUAUUGCACACCAUGCAAAAGUCUCCUCCGGCUGUAUCGGGACCGUUAAUAUGUAUUGGAGGGAAUUAAGUGGUUUAACUUAGAACAAAAUUAUCUAGUAUUUUUAAGUUAUACCUCAAAUCCUUACUACUGUAUUUUUUUCACAAUGAAAACAAUUUUAUAUAUUGCCAAAAAGAAAUGGUGCUAUGACAGGGGAAUAUAUUCUUCUGGUGAUUGGAGCAACAUUGUACAAGAAAUAUGAGCAUAUAAAUAUAGCCUUACUCCAUCACUAUUUUACCAGGGGGGGGGGGAAUCUUUUUAAAAAAUGGAAUGGGGUGGGGGAUAAACCAUCUUAACUCAAACAGGGAAGAGUCUAGAAUGACUUCUGGAAACACUAUAUGAAGCAGAAUGGGGGAAAAAAUGAGUUUCUUUGCCUCCUUGUUAGGAGUCAUGCAAAAUUGCUGAAAGUAUUUUAAAAAAUUUAAUGUUCUGCCACCUCUUGUUGUUUCUGACUUGGUGCAUUACUUUUUAAGAUUUAUGUAAGAAUAUGCUGAAAUGUUUCAGAUUUACCUUCCACUCUUCAUAUUCUGGGACUGCAUGAGAAUAUUUGCGUGUGUGUUAAUAUCUGAUGGCAACUGUUUGCGUGUGUGUUAAUAUCUGACGGUAACAGCUAAUGUUUUAUAGGCUAUUCCAUGAAUUCAAUAAAAAGGCUGAAUUUUUUUA